UCACCUCCCCCACCCCCGCUACGCUGCUCAUCAACGUGCCUUCGAUUUGAUCUUGAUUGAUUGAAACGCUGCCGCCGAAAAAGGAGUGUGUUUUUUUUUCGGCUGUAAUAACGUUCUUUUUUUUUUGGGUCUGUUCGUUCGUUGGAUGUGAAGGAGGAGGUCUUUUGGUUCGGGAGCUGCGGAGUUCUUGGAUUUUGGUUCGAAGGAAAGAUUUUUGUUUUUUCAUACUCUCCGGGCUUUGUGAUGGAUGCGAGGGAGGUGUGAAGCCCGGUCGCUGAUGCUCGUGGAGAGAUUCGGUGGAGUGGAGCGCGCGGUGAGGAGGCGGUGGAGGCGGAAGCGUCGACGAGUUGGGCAGGGGCGCAGCGACGGACGAGGAGCAACCGGCGGGCGACGAGGGCAGGAAGAGGGCUGUUCCUCCUCCGCCGCCGCCGCCGGCCGACGCCGUCAUGGGGGAGUCGCUGCUCACCGCGCUCUCCAUGGACACCGCGACGGGCCACCACCCGCACCAGGGCCCCUCCACUUUCCUCUCCAUGGACACCGCCUCCCACGACGACUUCGACCUCUUCCUCCCGCCGCCGGGGCCAUUCCGCCGCUGCCUCCAUGCCGCGGCCGCCGUCCCCCCUGACAUCAACCUCCCCUUCGACGCCGACCCCUCCCCUCCGCCUCCGGCUCUGCAGGCCGGCUCCCUCCACGACACCAGCGUCGACAUGCUAGAUGUCGGCCUCGGUGGCCCGCAGCUCUACGACUCGGACUCGCCUGCUGCCACCGGCGUCGCCCCGGCUUCGGCAACCGCGACCACUACGGUCGCCGUAUCACACACCAAGGGCUCCAAUUCCAGCGCUGCCCGCAAGUGCGUCAAGAGGAACGAUACCAUAUGGGGCGCGUGGUUCUUCUUCACCCACUACUUCAAGCCGGUCAUGUCGGCUGACAAGGGCGGCAAGGCAAAGGCCCCCACCGCCGGCAACGGCAAUAAUGCUACACUGGAUGCUUUCCUAGUGCAGCACGAUAUGGAAAACAUGUACAUGUGGGUGUUCAAGGAGCGGCCAGAGAAUGCCCUGGGGAAGAUGCAGCUAAGGAGCUUCAUGAACGGGCAUUCACGCCUUGGGGAGCCGCAGUUCCCAUUCAGCGCAGAGAAGGGGUUCGUGCGCUCACACCGUAUGCAGCGCAAGCACUACCGUGGGCUGUCAAACCCGCAGUGCCUGCACGGGAUUGAGAUUGUUCGGGCACCAAACUUGGCUGGUGUGCCCGGGGCUGAUUUGAAGAGGUGGCAUGAGCUAACCGGAAGGGAUGCUAACUUCUCAAUCGAUGCUGAGGCAAGUGAUUAUGAGUCAUGGAGGAAUUUGCCGAGCACAGAUUUUGAGCUUGAGAGACCAGCGACUGCUGCUGCGGCAAAGAGUAGCUCACAUGGCCACCAAAAGAAGUUGCUGAAUGGUUCUACCCUUAACCUGUCAACACAGCCAUCAAAUCAUGGCUCUGGGGAUGGUCUGGACAUCCCAAAUAUUUGCAACAAGCGCCGGAAGGAUUCCUCUCCCACUGUGAUGGAAGAAGAUUGCAGCAAUUCAAAUUCAGACAAGGUCCAGGACACGGAUGUGAGCCAGAUGUUUGAGCCUUCAUGGAUGAAUGACUUCACUGGUGUGAUGCGCCAUGCCUCUGGCCCAGUGACUGCAGCAAAAACAAUUUAUGAAGAUAGCAAGGGCUACCUAAUCAUUAUUAGCCUACCUUUCGCUGAUAUACAAAGGGUGAAGGUUUCAUGGAAGAAUACUCUUACAAAUGGGAUAGUAAAGGUAUCAUGCACAAGUGUUGGCAGGAUGCCAUUCUUGAAGAGACAUGACCGGACCUUCAAGUUGGUCGAUCCUUCACCUGAGCAUUGUCCACCGGGAGAGUUUAUUCGGGAAAUUCCACUCCCUACUCGGAUCCCAGAAGACGCUACUUUAGAAGCAUAUUGUGAUGAGUCAGGCACAGGCCUGGAGAUUAUUGUUCCAAAAUACCGUGUUGGCCCUGAAGAACAUGAAGUUCAUGUGUCCAUGAGGCCACCCUCGUCAUGGUGCCAAACUUAGCAAGUUCAAGGUGUGUCGUACAUGUUCUUGUAGCAGUUAGAAAUCCAUUUGUCAACUGCUGUUGGCUGAUGUUCUACUGUCUGCUAACCCUUAUCUCGCAUGGAGAAACAUGGUUCGGAGGCAUAGCAUACAAGAAUAUGCAGCUCAGUUUUGCUAAUUUGGAACGUGAAGCCAUCGAAAUUGAUUGAACCACUCUGGUAUUUGGCAUUUGAAACAUUUGUAGGAACAUGCUAUAAUUCACAAGGAACAUAUCUCAGAUCUGGAUUAAUCUGAUCUUCGUUUCAAUAUAUUUGUUUGAUGAUACCUUAUGUAUUAUCUUUUGUUUUCAUUAGAAUUCCUUUGUAUGCAAAAUCCGUUGUCCGCUCGAUGUGCUUCGGUAUGGCUUUCGUUACAACUCCUGAAGAACUGUAUAGGCACUUGUAGUCAAUUUCCAUAGAUAGGUGAGAAGCUUGUUCUUGUGGGCACUCUUGAAAAUUUCAUCUCAUUUAUUUGAUGGAAACUAGGAAAGUACUUGUCAGCGCUUUUAGGGUUUGCCAAUGUUUAGUUGGAACUAGUGGGUGGUUUCUAGCAUUUGUAAUUGUUUUCAGUGAUCGCUGGGAGGCAACUGUAAGUGAUUGAUGGUACCAAUGUAUAUCUAUCAGUUAUCAUUAUAGAA